CUACCCAAGUACACGCUAGCAGUUAAAAUUGCGUUGACUAUUAUCAAUAUUUCUCUCUCUCUCUCUCUCUCUCUCUCUAGGGGUAGAAGAAAUUUACUCAGAAACAUCCCAAAUGGUUCCAAAUCUUUGAAGAGAAAAGGUUCCAGCUGCUCUGGUGGACUGUUGUGGUAAUAUGAACAUCUUGUCAAAUGGGUUUUUGAAUCUGAGCUUUCUUGAUGCAAAAAAGUUGUAAUCUUGGAAAACCCCCAAUUUGGGUUCUUGAAAUUUGAAUUGAAAAAGAUUGGGUUUUUAUAGUUUAUUGUGCUUUAGUUUUUGUAUCCUUUGUUUGGUGAAUUAGGAUAGUUCUCUUGGAGAUCUGUUGAUGUUGAAGAAAUUUUUUCCUUCAGCUGAAAGAUUUAAGCUUUGAGUAUCUAUUUUUUGCUUAAGAUUCAGAGUUGACUAGAGCUAAAAGAUUUAUUCUUUUUGUUAUUGUUGCUUUUGUACUCUUGGAAUAUUAGGUUUUGAAGGGGUUUUUCUCUGAUGUAUUUAGAAGAGAUGAAUCUGGUUCUGAUUAAAGUUGAAUGAAACCUUUUGACUUGUAGGAAGUUGGUUUUGUAAGCUCACAAUGAAGAGAUUGAGAUCUAGUGAUGAUCUUGAGUCAUCUGGGGAGAAAGGUGUGUUGAAAGAUUGGGCAAGAAGGGAGGAGGAUUCGAGUUUGCAUCGUUCAUCUUCCAACCGGAACUUUUAUUACAAGCCUGAGAGUGGGAGAAAGGGUUUAUCUUCUUCUUCGUCGUCUAGAUAUGAUCGGUUUGAGGAUGACCGCGAGAGUCUCAGACCGAUUAAGAAGCGAACAGAUUAUGAUGUGGACAACUAUGAUAGACGGAAGAGUUACAACCGAUACAGGCAUAGUAACGAAAGAGGGGUUUUAAGCUCUUCUCCACGCGGUGGAUAUGGUGCUGACCGGAUUCAUAGGUCAGAGAGUUUUUCUGGACCAAGGAGGGAUUUUCCAAAGGGGUUCAGAUCAGAGAGGGAUAGGUCCAGGCGAGAGGGGAGUGUGUCAUCAUGGCGCAGGUUUGGUAGCGGGAAAGAUAGUGAUGAAGGUACGAGGAGUGGUGGGGAUUCAGCAAGAGGAAGUAGAAAUGAAUCAGAAGAUAUUGGCAAGGCAAAGUCACCCCCGGGAUGGAGAGAUGCAAAAUCACCUGCUUGGUCAAAGGACUCUGGUAGUGAACAAUCGAGGAGUGUUGAAGUUAAGAAAAGUGGAGGCUUGCGAAUGGAGAGUGGUGGUGGACAUAGCAGUGAAAUGGAAGAGGGGGAACUGGAGCCUGAUCAUCCAUCUUCUGCAACUGAGCCUGCUGCUGAAGAGGAAGCUUCCGGUGAGGUGAACCCCUCACUGAUGGAGCAUGAAAGUGAGCGUCACGUUGAGAGUAAGAGACGAGAUGAUGUAGUGAAUUCUUUGUAUGAGCAGAAGGUUGAGCUCAGUAAAGUAAGUGUUACUGCUGAGCAGUCGGAAGAGACACAGUCGGAUAAUGUCCAAGACAUUUUCAAGGACAGUGAUGGCUUGUCUGAUCACGGCACAUCAAUGGGCCCCAGUGGAAUGGGAAAUGGAACCGAGACUGUGGUAGAUCAUGUUGCUGAAAAGAAUGAGUCCACCAGGAAAAGCAGUGGCUCUAGGGAAGAAGAAAAGAAUGUAGAUGCUGAGAAGCUACCACCUAAGAAAAGGGAACAAGGGGAGGAGAAGAACAGAGUUGCUGAAUCUAAGGUAAAUUGUAUUGAGAUCCGUGAAUUAAAUAGGGAGCUUGUUCGGGAAGGUGGACGACCAGGCUCUAUUUCUUCUGGUGCACAUGAAGAUGUACCACAGAGUGUCAAGGACAAGGGAAAAAGUGUCGCUGUUUCGCCUGGUAAUAUCACUGUCCCUCCUGCAGAUGGUUUGAUGGAAACCGAGCCACAAGGCAUUGUACGUUGUGGGAACUCUGAUAUGGAAGGACCAAGUACCAGGGGCCUUGAGUUGUUCUUGUCUGGUCCUGUCAAAGAAACUGAGAAAGCAGACAAAUUUAGUAAUUGCAUGACCAAAGAUGAAAAGUUUGGUCUGGAACCACUUGAGCUUUCUCUUAGCUUGCCAAAUGUCUUGUUACCUAUUGGUGCACAGAAUGAAGUCCAGGCUCCUGGUUCUCCUAGUCAAGGAAGGAGUUUCCAAUCCUUUGCCAGCUCAUUUCGCACAAAUUCUGAUGGCUAUACCAUGUCUAUGUCCUUCUCAGGAUCACAGCACUUCACUCAUAAUCCUAGCUGCUCACUGACACAUGAUCCAGUUGAUUAUGAGCAAUCUGUUAAAAGUCGCCCCCUCUUUCAAGGCGUCGAUUGGCAAGCCCUUGCUUCAAAUGAGCAGAAGAAUAAUGACAUCCCAAAUUCUCAAGGCAUGUUACCAAAUGGAACUGGUUUGUAUCAGCAGUCUCAAGCAUCUCAAGGAAAUUCUAGUGGUCAAGCUGUAGCAAAACAUCUCAGAGCUGCAGAGGGAGGCUCUAGAUUACCUGCUGGACUGAACAGGCAACUAAGUACUGGUAAAGCAUCUCGUCAUUCAAAUGGAGCUAGAUCUCCUACACAGAGUGUUGGGUCUCAUGAAACUGGAUCAGAAUAUAAUAAAGAUAAGAAACAAUUAACUAGAGCACAAGAUAGUAGCUUUUAUAGGUUCGGGGGUUCUGAAAACAAAGAGCUCCAAUUGGCUGUUGGACCUGACUUCAUUGAAUCAGUAAUCACAACCAUGGUUUCUGAGCCGAUACAUGUGACCGCCAGGAGAUUUAAUGAGAUCUCUGGGCAACAUUUGCUUUGUCUGAAGGAGGCUGUCUGCGACAUCAUCACAAAUCCUGGUAAACACUGGCAGCUUAGUGCUCUGCAAAAGGAACUGCAGAAUAGGUCUGACAUCACUUCGGAUACACUACUGAAAUCCCACAGGAGUCAACUAGAGUUGCUGGUGGCUCUAAAAACCGGUCUCCAAGAAUUUCUUAGGCCGAGUUAUGAUGUUUCAUCACCUGAAUUGGCAGACAUAUUUCUGAAUUUAAGAUGUAGAAAUCUCACUUGUCGAUCCUCGUUGCCUGUGGAUGAAUGCGAGUGCAAAGUAUGCUCACAGAAGAAUGGUUUCUGCAGUGCUUGCAUGUGCCUUGUGUGUUCCAAGUUUGACAUGGCGUCUAAUACGUGUAGCUGGGUUGGGUGUGAUGUAUGUCUGCACUGGUGUCACGCGGAUUGUGGGCUACGUGAAUCUUACAUCAGGAAUGGACGUAGUGCUUCUGGUGCAAAGGGUAGUGUAGAGAUGCAGUUCCAUUGUGUUGCCUGUAACCAUCCAUCUGAAAUGUUCGGCUUUGUAAAAGAGGUUUUCCAAAACUUUGCGAAGGAAUGGACGGCAGAAGCUUUUUCCAAGGAGCUUGAAUAUGUGAAAAGAAUUUUUUGUGCCAGCGAGGACGUCAGAGGGAAACGCUUGCAUGAAAUUGCUAAUUAUAUGCUGUCAAAAUUAGCAAUUAAGGCGGACCUUCAAGAAGUUCAAAGUCAAAUUAUGCAUUUCUUCCUGACUGAGCCUGAUUCAGUCAAAUCUGACAGUGUUCCAAUUAUUCAAGGAAAGGAGUUGUCAACAAAGAACCACGAAGGGAACAAUGGCAUUGCUCGGCCCAGCCAGGGAGCAAUGUGGCUGAAAUCUGUUAGUUCAGAGAAGGUUCCUCAAGUGGAAAAGCCUACAGGUUUGCCUUCAAGUUUUGAUAGCCUUCGGAAUGAAAAGCAGGCAAUGAACUCGGUUUUUCAGCCAAGUAUAGAAAAGGGACCAGUAUUUGAUGAACUAGAGAGCAUUGUUAGAAUCAAACAGGCAGAAGCUAAAAUGUUCCAAGCACGAGCUGAUGAAGCGAGGAGAGAGGCUGAUGCUCUGAAACGCAUUGCUGUAACUAAGAGUGAAAGAAUUGAAGAAGAAUACAUAACCCGCAUCACAAAAUUGCGAUUGGCUGACGCUGAGGAUAUGCGGAAACAAAAGUUGCAAGAGUUGCAGUCUUUAGACAGAGCUUAUCAGGACUACUUCAAUAUGAAAAUGAGAAUGGAAAAUAACAUCAAAGAUCUGUUGUUGAAAAUGGAAGCUACUAGAAGGAAUCUCAGUUUGUGAUUAAUUAGUAACAUCUUGUUUAGGACACCCUUGUUUUUCUCUUAAGCAGUAUUUGCAAGGUAGAAACACCUGAAGUAUAUUAAACUUGUAGGUGUUCUUUAGUCUAGCAUUCCUUGUAUUAUGCUAACCAGAAUCUGUACAGAGACCACCUUAUGUCUUUAUGUUACAGAUGAACCUCAGUUAUGGACAAGAUGAGAAAACGAGGAAAGUAGAGAUUCAGUACUUGAUUAUCCGACUCCUUAUAUAAAUGAGUUCUUUUUCAAA